UAUGAAAAUGUCGAGAUAUAUAAGAGCAGUUGAUAGGCAACGAAAAGAAUCGAGAGUAUUAUCUUACAACAUAUAGAUACAGUGCUCUCUUAGUUUUCAUCACUACUUUGAAUCGACAUUACCAUGUUUUAAACUCGUUUUAUAAGUCAUGAGUGUGAAACCAAAAUGGACUCGACCGUCUGGCCCGUUAAAUGUUUGGAAAGUCGUUGAUGGCUAUGAAACAUUAAACGAUGGAACGAAAAAACCUGUUAAGUUUUCUAUACAAGAUGUCCCAAACGACGAGAAGAGACGUCAAGAAGUACUUCAACUCAUGUACACACAUUUUCUAGCUGAAGAGCCGUGCUCUAAAUCAUUGAAAAUCAAAGAUACAGAUCCAGAUGGCGUGCAAGAUUUUCUAACGCUAUGGAAAUACUCGCUUGAUCAAGGCGUUGUUAUAGCAUGUUACAAACUUGAUUCUAAUGGUAAAAUUGAAAAUUUGGUUGGUGCUAAUAUAAUAUUUAUGAAAACUCCGGAAACUUUGCAAGACUUUAAUCAAAUGAAGCAAUUUUUUAAGUCGUCAAAUUUUUUGACUAUUUGGGACACUUUCGAAGAUUUAGCAUCUAGAGCUGAUGUUUGUAAAACUUACAAUGUCGAUCGAUAUAUCACGUCAAUAAGCCUUAGUAUUCUACCCGCUUUCCGAGGUCAAAAAUUAGGACUUCAUAUUUUGGAUGCAAGGUCGCCUAUGGCUAAAAAAUAUGGAUUUUCAGCCACAACUACAUUUUUCACUGCUCAGGCCUCACAAAUUCAAGCCAAGCGAGCCGGCUUUGAAGAAGGAGUUUCAGUCGAGUUUGCAGAUAUUUUAGACGAUAAAGGCAAUCCUAAAUUUCCAAAUAUUGAUUCAAAGUAUGCUAAGAUAAUGAUGAAGAGACUUCCUUAGCGAAGAAUGGAUGUUUUGGAAAAUACGUAAAUUACGUUAUCUUAACAGGAUCUCAGUGCAUUAUGUGAAAUUUAUAUACAAUUCGAUAUAGAAUAUCAUUAAAGCUGAAUCCGAGAUAUUUUGACUAACGUUUUGCCAUUUCGAAAUUUUCUCCUCGUGAAUAACAGGCCUAAUCACAUUGAAAAUAUCACUGUACAAAAUCAAUUUUUACAGUGGAAAUGUAAUCAUUAGACUGAUCCGACUGAAAAUCCAAACAAAAAUUUAAAUGUUCUUACAAAUAAAAAGUUCAUUAUGUAUAAAUUUUAUUUUGCAUGUAUAACGUGUAUAGCGUCAAUGCCGUUUAUACUAAGAGAUGAGUAAUAAACGAGCGUAGAGUAUAGAA